UAACUAUCAUCAUUUCCGGUUUACUGAUUCGAUCAACGCCGGUAAACAUUGUAUGUUUUGUGCUGACAUGUCAACUACCUCGACAGAAUAUUUUGAUAAAAUGAUUAUCCUUAUUGGCAUUUACCAGGUAUUUUGAACCACCUAAUGUCAAAUGAUACACACAAGCUCUGAAGAAAAUGUGAUCAUUUGACUUUAAUUAUUCAGUGUAAACGGUCAGUUAUCUGAUGCUGUAUAUCUGCUACAAGAAGGAUGGUCAGCAGCGUAAUUAAAGUGUGUCCUAACCCUGAAGAAUUGUCUGUUGUCCGAGUGAACAUUCCAUGUCCAGUAUACGGCUGCUCAAGCAUCUUACCUCAUGCAGGCUCUCUACGUAUUCACCUUUCAAAAACCCACAGAAUAACAGAGAGAUCUGAUAAGAAUGAUUUGGACAACAAUUGCAGUGAUAAUCAUUCACAAAAUGUGGUCAAACAAUACCACUGUCCAGUACAAAGCUGUGUAUACAAUGUUUCAUCAAAAAGGCAUUUUGCAUCCAAAAAGCUACUGAAGCAGCAUUACAUGAAGGUUCAUGCUGACAAGAAACAUAAGUGUCCAAAAUGUGGUCAGGGCUUUGGAUUGGAUCGGGAUUGUCGCCGACACUUUGCAACAUGUGGCAUGAUCUUCCGCUGCAAGACCUGUGAUUGCCCUUUCAGCAGUGCAGAGGCAACUAUCAACCAUUGCAAUCUCAAGCAACAUGAGAUUCCAGCUGAAUGCAAAACUAUUAGAUCAGGAAAGACAACACCUGUCAGCGUUGCUCCAACUUUUAUCAUCUUACAUACAUCACCAUCUGCACUUACUUCACAGUCUGCUAAAACGGUUACUCCAACAACUUUUACAUCUCAGCUGAGACCUUUACUUCCCAAACCAGUUAUCAAAACUACAUUACUUUCAAGAUCAGAGCCAUUAGUUGUAAGUGGUGAUGGAACAAGCAGUUUUACUCAUCUUUUAAAUCCAGGAUUGAAUAAAACUCAUUUAACUGAGUCAAACAAUGUAUGCAUUCAAACUGAGAACCAAUUAGAUAACACAAUGAUGUCCUAUCCGACUUUAGAGAAUCACCUGUACAAGAGGACCAAUUGGCAAGAAACCAAUGACCAAACAGACAGUACUCUAUUUGCGGGUAUAAACCAAAAAUCUGUCAAAAGAUUGUCUGAAGAUGCUAUUUAUUCACUGAACAAAUUUACAUCAUCUACAGGUAUCCAAACUGCAGUAAGUGUACCACCUGUGAAAAAGAAAUCUCUUCACAAUAUGGUGGGGACUCAGACAAUGGGUGAUUAUAUCCUUACAACAGCUAUGUCUUCAGCACAAAUACCUAUCCAACAGGUAUCCCAAGCAUCUCAAGCUAACUCUCAUUGCAAAGUAGCAAAGAAUCAAAAUACAGAGUCCAGCCAUACCCAAACAAUGGAUGUUAAAUCUUCCAAGUGGAAGAAAAGGCGACACUCUUUCUCUUGGCAAGAAAAUUUGGAUGAAAUACAAAUCCAUGAAAAUACUCAGAAUUUACUUCUUUUCAAAGACACAGGUUCAACAAGUGAACUUACUGACAAUCAUACCCAAACAAUAUCAGAGAGUGUACCAGCUAUUUCAACCCAGACUAAUAUGACUUGUCUUAUGAACUCUUGGCAAAAUGGGAAAGUAACUUCUGAUAACAACACUUCCUUCAAUAGUCAGCAAAGUACUGAGACCCAAACAAUCAGCUCGGUCUUACAGAAGAUGAUGAACAAAAAUGAGGACAGUUUCUAUCAGUUAGCUACCCCUUACAAUGAAGAAUCCAGUACAGAACAAUCAUCCUUUCCUCCAAUUGAUUCUGACAAUUCAAAGGCAGCUCUACCAAACACUAUCAAUUCUUCACUGCAGACUAAUACUGCCAUGGACUUACUCUAUUCUCCAUUAUCAAGUGACACUGAUUCAACAAUUAAUAGACAAGUAUCUUCUGAUAAUUACCAAGCUUUUAAUUCUGAAUUAACUCCAGCUUUGGAUGACAGUAACUGUGCAAGUUUGCUGAAUUCCAUAGCAGACCAAAAUGCAAGUGAUAAUUACAUAUGUGAAAAUGAAGAAAUGCAAUCAAAUGUUGUCAACAAUGAGUCUGUAGAAAGCAUUAGAAAUAAGAAUGAGAUAUCUGAAUCUAGUAGUGCAAUUUCUUUUAGCUUUAUUAAUCAAAGCCUUGACACUAAUGAGUGUUCCUUGAGCAGCUUUUCAUCUUCAAGGCAACACCAUGGUGCUUUAGCUAGCUUUUCCAAUUUACAGAACAUAAAUCAAGAAUCAGAAGAUAAUCAAAGAAAUAAUCAAGAAAAUACUACCAACUUGUUGAAUUCUUUGGUUGACAAAGAUCCAAUUUUGUACAGUAGCACUAGUUUCGCUGAUAUUGGGGACUCCAGUGAUGCCCUAAAAUAUCCUCAGAUGGAAUCGUUUGACAAUGUGCAGGCUUUUACCACAUCAACAACACCACCUUUGGAUAUAACCGAUGCCUCGUUGUUAUCAUUUGAUAAAAGACUCAACACUACUAACAGGAAUAACAACACUGAUAACUAUCUUAUUCAACCAGAAUCUGCUAAGAAUAAAAAUAAAAUCUCUCAAAAUUCAGAUAUAGGAAACAUAUCCAACAAAUCAUUCUUUGAUAGUUCUCUGGAGAACGGAAUGGCUGGAAAUAACAAGACACAAUCAGAGAAAAUCUACUUUGAUUCUUCAAAGAAUGCUGAGAUUAACUUCCCAUCUGGCGAAUUCUAUUUAAGCAAUCCAAAUGUUAGCCCAGUUCAGUGUAAUCAAAGUCUUUCUGAAAAACUAUUUAGCUCUGAGAAAGGUGUUGGUACAGAUUCCUGCAUUAACCAUUACACUGAUAUAUCUUCAACUGCCAGCAGUUUCUACAACACAACCAAUGAUGUUUUGAAUGAUGCAGAGAACAAAGAUAGCUCAACGUCUAUGAAUGAUGUGAUAGAAGAUGCUAGAAACAGAAUUUCUAUGAGUUCUCUUUCGAGUGCUGAAUGUAAUCCAAUGAUUUCUAGGGAGUUCCCACCAAUGGUGGCUAACAGUGAAGUACAGACGCUUGCAUUAGACGACAACAUUGAAGCUCUGUUGAACAAUUCCGAACACUCGCGGUCCUCAUCUGUCAUCGACAUGCACACACAAACCGUCGAAGAUAUUUUGGACUUGUUUGGAAACAACAUGGAAACCCAAACGGCUGUUGAUGAUACAUUCUUACUUGGACUUGAAUUCUCUGACAUUGAAACUCAGACGACAGCUGGAGAUCUUGAUUCAGUAGAAAGUCGCUGUCUGAUUACUGCAGGAACCCAAACAACAUUUUCAAAUCUCAAUCUCAGUCAAGAUGUUGAGUUCUCUGAUAUGGAAACCCAGACUGGCUUUACCAUGAUGGACCUGGAUACUUUUCUCACUGAUUCACAUACGCAAACAACAUUUGGAGAGCUAGAAGACUUUCUCUGUGGCUUUAAUUCUUAAGUGUAAACAAAAACAGCAGCUAAAAUAUUCUGUUUUUCGUCGUUGUUGCAUCUAUUAUUUGUUAUAAUAUUUGAGCUGAGCGAUAAAAAAGAUAGACAGAAACUACACUACAAAGUAUUAAAUAAUUCACUGAAUUAAGACAGAGUUUUGUUUUUAGAAACUACUUGUGUCUUAAUUGACUGCUAAAUGAUCAAAAUACAUCUUGUUUUUGUGCUAAUUAUAACAGAAAAUAAUUUUGUUUUAAUUUUAUUCUGUUGCAUAGAGUAGUAAGGUAGCAUGGUUAAAGUGUUAGACUAAGUAUUUCAUAGCUUAAUAUCAGCUCUCUAUAUUCUAAACUUGAAUUUGGCUAUUUUUAAUUUCCUUUUAUCCCUUCAGUAUCUAUAAAAUAAGCACAAGAAAAAUAUAAUCUCUCUCUAUAGCAAUAUGUAAUUUGCUUAGAUUUCUAAGAAUUAAUAAUGCACUUAAAACAACUAAUUAUAGUUAUGUCAGAUCACGGAUUUCAGAAUUUCUGGACCACCAUUAGCUAUCCUCUUCAUUUUCAAGAUAUAGUUUAUUUAUUUAUUUAUUUAUUGUACAUUUGUUUAAACACUUGAUGUUUUUUUUUUGUUUUUUGUUUCCAUGUGAUAAUAAUUUAAAAAACAAACACAGAAAAGGCAAAAACAGGACAAAUUUAGUGUUCUGAUUAUUGUAUAUUUUAUUUUGCAAAUUUAAUGAUAUUGGUUUCAAGUAAAGAUACAUUGAACAUA